AAAAACUAUCAAAACUCAAACUCAAAACUUGCAGAAAAAACUAUAAAUCCUUCAAAAACAAAUUUUCGAAAAAUUAAAGUAGAAAUUAGUGGAGAGAAAAUAUGAGUAGAGGAUUAUUGGAGGUUGUUGUGGUAGCAGCUAGUGGUCUUCCCAACGUUGAUUUUCUUACAGAUAAAAUAGAUCCCUAUGUCGUGGUUCAAUACAAAGGCCAAGAGCGAAAGACCAGUAUUGCAAGAGGACAAGGUGGUAAUCCAGAAUGGCACCAGAAAUUGACAUUCAGGGCAGAGUACCCAGGUUCAGGCAGUGACUACCACAUCAAUCUCAAGCUAAUGGACCAUGAUACCUUCUCUUCUGAUGAUUUCAUUGGUCAAACUAUGAUUAAUGUGGAGGAUCUACUGGGUUUAGGAGUGGAGAAUGGUUCAUAUGAGAUGAAUCCUACAAAGUUCAGAGUGAUUGGAAAUGAUAAAAGUUAUCAUGGUGAGAUCAAAGUUGGUGUCAAAUUCACCAAGACAUCGGAUUACAAUGGUGACGAAGAGGAGUUUGGAGGAUGGAAGAAUAGCUAUGGUGACGAAUCUGAUGAUUAGCUUCCUUAAUCAUCAGUCAUUAAUGAUCAAUCAAUUGUAAAUAUUUUUAGUUUGAGUGCAUUAGAAUAAUCUAAUUGUAAUUUAGUUCCAAAAUUAAGAAUCUAUUCAAUUUAUGUCUUAAUUAAGCUUGAAUUCUUCA